GAGGUGACAGACGGACAGACGGACAGCCGGGAGGUGACAGCCAUGGCAGCAGAGCUCCCGCGGCUCCGGGCGCCCCUCCCGGGCAGGAUGUUCCCCCCGCGGGGCCCCAGGAGGGGCUGCCCCCGGCAGCCCGGCCCGUGGUGGGAUGGGCCAUGGCUGUGUCCCCCUGCUGGCCCCGGGGACACCUGGGGGGAGCCCCCCUGGCAUGAGCCGCCUGUGGGGGAGCCCCCCUGGCAUGAGCCGCCUGUUGGGGAGCCCCCCUGGCAUGAGCCACCUGUUGGGGAGCCCCCCUGGCAUGAGCCCCCCUGGCACGAGCCACCCCAGGAGCACCAGAGCAGGAAACGCCGGCGCAGGCGGCACCAGCCCGGGGACCCCCGACCCUUCCCUGGCCCUGCUGAGGUCCCGUGGAAGGAGGAGGAGGAGGGAUGGGCCCCCCAGGACUGUCCCCCCCAGCCCCCCUGGGACGACAGAGAAGAUUUCCAAGGAGCUGAGAACGGCUUUGGAGACGCCUGGCAGCCGCCCAGUCCCGGAGCCCCCAGAGCCUUCCCUGGCCCUGCUGAUGUCCUGUGGAAGGAGGAGGAGGAGGACGGGAGAUGGGACUGUCCCCCCCAGCCCCCCUGGGAUGACAGAGGGGACUUCCAAGGAUUUGAGGAUGGAUUUGGAGACGGCUGGUACCCGGAGCUGCCGCCCGGGCCCUGGUGCGAAUUCCCCGGGGAGGAGCCGCCCCCGCCCUGGCCCCCCUCCUGCCCUCCGUGGUGGGUGCCGUGCUCGGGGGGCUCCGUGUGCCUGAGGGGUGACAAUGCGGGACCCCAGCAGCGCUGGCAGCUGUCCCUGCCUGGGCUGGGCUUGCACAGACACCCCUCCUGUUAUAAAUGAGGAACAAAAGUCUCGA